UGUACCAACUGGUAAUUUGACACCUCUUGUGAUUGGAAAAUUAUCAGUAGGUGAACUCUUCCGUGAUGCUUAUAUAAAAUACAAGGAUUAUCGUGCUUUUGGCAUGUAUUCGUUUUUUAAACCAAAUCUGGUAAUUGCCGAUCCUGAUCUUAUUCAAAUGGUGUUGGCAAAAGAAUUUAAAAGUUUCCAUGAUCGCGGAUUGUUUUGCAACGAAAAAACUGAUCCAUUGUCUGGUCAUUUGUUUUCACUGUCUGGAAAAAAAUGGCGGAAUUUACGUCUCAAAUUAACACCCUCUUUCACUUCAGGAAAAACAAAACAAUUCUUUAUAAUUCUAAAAGAGUGUGGCAAAGAGUUUGCGAAGAGUUUAGAGAGUAAAGCUUGGACAAAGGAUUGUAUUGAAAUAAAAGAUAUGUUUACAAGGUAA